AUGAGAUCAGGGAGCACCCCAUGGCUGCGGGCGGCGCUGCUGCUAGUGCUGGCGGUGCUGCUGGCCGCGGUGGCGGCGGCGGAGGGGAGCAAGAGCGGGAGCGGCGACGGCAAGGCGCACAACUACGAGGAGGCGCUGCGGAAGAGCCUGCUCUACUUCGAGGCGCAGCGGUCGGGGCGGCUGCCGCACGGGCAGCGCGUGCCGUGGCGCGACCACUCGGGCCUCACCGACGGGCUGGAGCAGGGGGUGGACCUGGUGGGCGGCUACUACGACGCCGGCGACCACGUCAAGUUCGGCCUGCCCAUGGCCUUCACCGUCACCAUGCUCUCCUGGAGCAUGCUCGAGUACGGGGACGACGUCGCGGCCGCCGGCGAGCUCGCGCACGCGCUCGAGGCCAUCAAGUGGGGCACCGACUACUUCAUCAAGGCGCACACGCAGCCCGACGAGCUGUGGGCCGAGCUGUUCGAGUUCGCGGACGGGUACAGGGGCCAAUACGACAGCAGCAUCGCGGAGGUGAAGAGCUACUACGCGUCGGUGAGCGGGUACAAGGACGAGCUGCUGUGGGCCGCCCUGUGGCUCCACCGCGCCACCGGCAAGGCCGCCUACCUCGACUACGUCGUCGACAACGCCCACGACUUCGGCGGCACCGGCUGGGCCAUCACCGAGUUCAGCUGGGACGUCAAGUACGCCGGCGUCCAGAUCCUCGCCGCCAGACUGCUGCUGAGGGGGGAGCACACGGCGGAGCAGAAGAGCACGCUGGAGCGGUACCAGGCCAAGGCGGAGCACUACGUGUGCGCGUGCCUGGGCCGGAACGCGCAGGCCGGCGGCGAGGACGCCAACGUGGAGCGGAGCCCGGGGGGGAUGCUCUACAUCCGGCAGUGGAACAACAUGCAGUACGUGACCAACGCGGCGUUCCUGCUCUCCACCUACGCCGACUACCUGGCCGAGGCCGGCGUGGGGACGGUGACCUGCGCGGGCGGCGGGACGGCGGGCGGCGGGACGGCGGGCGCCGGCGAGGUGGCGGCGCUGGCCAGGGCGCAGACGGACUACGUGCUGGGCACCAACCCCAGGGGCGUCAGCUACCUCGUGGGCUACGGCCCCAAGUACCCCGCCAGGGUGCACCACCGCGCGGCAUCCAUCGUGCCGUACAAGCACAGCAAGCAGUUCAUCGGGUGCUCGCAGGGGUUCGACCACUGGUUCGGCCGCCGGAGCUCCAACCCCAACGUGCUCGUCGGCGCCAUCGUCGGCGGGCCCGACCGGAGGGACCGGUUCAGGGACAACCGGGACAACUACAUGCAGACGGAGGCGUGCACCUACAACACCGCGCCCAUGGUGGGGAUGUUCGCCAAGCUCAACCGGAUGGCGAGGGAGGAGAGGGAGGAGAGGGAGCAGAGAGCUGCCACCGCGAGAAGCGGCACGGCGGCCGAGGUGUAA